AAUAAAGACUAUAGUAUAAAAUAUAAAUAAUAAAUCAUAUUUUAUUUAAUACAGCAAAGUGUAAGGAAAAUUGUAAGGCUAUUCACUAUAGUAUAACAAUAUAGUCUAUAGUAAAAAUAUAUAUAGUCUAUGGUAAAAAUAAAGGCUAUAGCAUAUAAUAUAAUAUAAAAGUAUAGGCUAUAGUAAAAGAAGUCUAACCUUUUUAUUUAAUACGGCAAAGUAAUUUUGUAAGGCAAAUCGUAAGGCUGUUCACCUGUACCUGCCCUUCAAAUCAGACUGUGUAAAAUGAAAAGCCCCAAAAUAUGACCUGCAGAGGCAAUCAUGGGAUGAACUGUAAUAAUGGGGGUAAAUUAUGACACCAUUAUGACAGCACCGAAAAAUACACAGCCUGACUGGAGAAAAAGAAAGACAGAGACUCAGCAGUCACCCCCGUAAUAAAGGCCUUGGUGUUGUUGCACUAUACUUUGAGGAUAUAAUGUCUGUAGUAGUACGUUCAUUAUAUUCCAAACAAGAAUCAGGUCAGACAAAACGUCAGGCAUUCAAACAUCGCUGACUCAGUCCUCAUUUAAAUAUUCAAUAACAAAAUAAAAAAUGUUAUAUGAACCAUCACAUUUGAUUUCCUAAGACGACAUUUGGGAAAGCUUGGGAAAGCUUGUGAAGCAAUGUCAGUGUUUUGGCAAGUUAGGUUAGUUUUAAACAUUUUAAGUCUUGUUAAUUAGUGCCUUCCUUUUGCAGGAUGACAUGGUAUAGCAAGUUCUAACAGUAUGGACACACCUACCGUACGAUGGUAUAUAAUGCAGAAGACAUGCUGUAGUUUCAUCCGCACCUGAGACUCUCAGCCAGUCACUUUCUGCAGAGCCUGUGCAUCAACAUGUUCAAUACCUAUCAAGCACACUGGGUGGCGCUGUUCGGUAGAGCGGCAGUGUUUGCACUCUUGAUGUGGGCGCCUCUGCAGGUGGCAGCAGAUUCAGAAGAGGAGGUCACCUCGGAGUGGACACUGUGGAAAAAGCUCCAUAAAAUAUCCUAUGAUGAAGAGAAUGACGACAUUCAGAGACAGACCAUCUGGGAAACCAACAUGAAGAUGAUUGAGAAAAACAAUGACGAUUUCCAUUUCGGAUUGUCAACGUUUAGCAUGGCAAUGAACAAAUACGGUGACCUCACCAAGAUGGAGUAUAACCGCUUGCUGGGUGCCAAAAUCAAUGGCCCGAUAAAUAGGAGAGGAAAAAUUGCUUCCGCUCAGUCGCUCCGUUUCAAUGCUAACAAACUGGGAUUGACCCAUGUUGACUAUCGAGCACAGGGAUAUGUGACUGAAGUCAAAGACCAGGGAUACUGUGGGUCUUGCUGGGCCUUUAGCACUACAGGUGCCAUUGAAGGCCAAACGUUCAAGAGGACAGGACGGUUGGUGUCCCUCAGCGAGCAGCAACUGGUGGACUGCUCCAGAUCUUAUGGCACGUAUGGCUGCAGCGGAGCCUGGAUGGCAAACGCCUAUGAUUAUGUGAUCAAUAAAGGCUUGGAGGGCUCUGACAUUUAUCCCUAUACAUCAUUGGAUACUCAACCCUGUUUCUAUGACAGAAGUUCAGUUGUUGCCAGAAUCAGAGAUUACAGGUUCAUCCCGGCCGGAGAUGAGCAGGCACUGGCUGAUGCCGUGGCAACCAUUGGUCCAAUCACUGUCGCUAUAGAUGCCGAUCAUCCAAGCUUCCUCUUCUACAGUUCAGGAAUCUACAAGGAAUCAAACUGUAACCCUAACAACCUCAACCAUGCUGUGCUUGUGGUUGGUUAUGGCUCAGAGGAGGGCAAAGAUUACUGGAUAAUCAAAAACAGUUGGGGUACAGCAUGGGGAGAAGGAGGCUACAUGCGAAUGAUACGCAAUGGCAAAAACACUUGCGGGAUCGCCAGCUAUGCUCUUUAUCCCAUCGUGUGAGACAAACGAGACAUUUUCCAAUAAAGACUUAUGAAGUCUGAAUUUUGUGUCAGAAAUCAGUUCAUUUAGGGCACUACAACUGUUACACUACAGAGCUGUACUUUAUUCAUACUGUGUUUCCAGCCCAUCUUAAGGUGUGUUUUAUCAGAUUUUUUCACACCUCUCCCACUGUGUAAACAGGUUUUUUUGUUGCAUACCCAGGUGUGUUUUGAAACUAUAAGACGUUAGUUCUCACAAUAGGCUACUAAUGAAGACAAGGACAUAUGCUUAAAUGUUUUGUCUAGUUUAGUGUUUCGAUUAGCUUGCUAUGUCAACAACAGGUUUGGUGCUAUUGUUGUGCAGUGUUGCGGAAACUGUAUUUAAUCAGUGCAUU